CUGUACAACUUUUAUUUUGAAGAAAAAAGUUGAGCCUCAGAACGGGCUGUUUUAAAGACAGGGAGGGACUUAGCUUUUCCGAGCUUGACCAGCAUGUGGAAGGAGUGCUCUCAUGGCUGCAAUAACCUAGGGAGCUCCUACCUGGGUGCCACGGGGGUAGGAAGGUUUCUGUUUGUUUUGUUCUGUUUCUGAGGGUCCUGUGCACUUCUCUUGUCCAUGUCAACGUGACUCGGUGUUUUUGCACACCCUGCUCUGUGGGGGAGUGCCCCAACGUGCCUGUCUUAUGUGGCCUCUAUGGACACACUGCUCAGCUGGCAGAGAGCAGGGAAGUUUUCUCGAGCACCCAAAAAGAGAAAGAGAAAACUACUUUUUCCCUCUGGGCUCCUUGCAGCACAAUAGAUCAGGAUAAGCUUCCACAUUCUCUCCCUGGAUUUCUGGAGUGGUUUCCAGGAACAAGUUAAACUUUCACCUUUAAAUGGAUGACCAUGUCACAAUCAGGAGGAAACAUCUCCAAAGACCCAUCUUUAGACUAAGAUGCUUAGUGAAGCAGCUGGAAAAAGGUGAUGUUAACAUCGUAGACUUAAAGAAGAAUAUUGAAUAUGCAGCAUCUGUGCUGGAAGCAGUUUAUAUCGAUGAAACAAGAAGACUGCUGGAUACUGAUGAUGAGCUCAGUGACAUUCAGUCGGAUUCGGUCCCAUCGGAAGUCCGGGACUGGUUGGCUUCCACCUUUACACGGAAAAUGGGGAUGAUGAAAAAGAAAUCUGAGGAAAAACCAAGAUUUCGGAGCAUUGUGCAUGCUGUUCAAGCUGGAAUUUUUGUGGAAAGAAUGUACAGAAAAUCCUAUCACAUGGUUGGGUUGGCAUAUCCAGAAGCUGUCAUAGUAACAUUAAAGGAUGUUGAUAAAUGGUCUUUUGAUGUAUUUGCCUUGAAUGAAGCAAGUGGAGAACAUAGUCUGAAGUUUAUGAUUUAUGAACUAUUUACCAGAUAUGAUCUUAUCAACCGUUUCAAGAUUCCUGUUUCUUGCCUAAUUGCCUUUGCAGAAGCUUUAGAAGUUGGUUACAGCAAGUACAAAAAUCCAUAUCACAAUUUGAUUCAUGCAGCUGAUGUCACUCAAACUGUGCAUUACAUAAUGCUUCAUACAGGUAUCAUGCACUGGCUCACUGAACUGGAAAUUUUAGCAAUGGUCUUUGCCGCUGCCAUUCAUGAUUAUGAGCAUACGGGAACUACAAACAAUUUUCAUAUUCAGACAAGGUCAGAUGUUGCCAUUUUGUAUAAUGAUCGCUCCGUCCUUGAAAAUCACCAUGUGAGUGCAGCUUAUCGACUUAUGCAAGAAGAAGAAAUGAAUGUCCUGGUAAAUUUAUCCAAAGAUGACUGGAGGGAUCUUCGGAACCUAGUGAUUGAAAUGGUUUUGUCUACAGACAUGUCGGGUCACUUCCAGCAAAUUAAAAAUAUAAGAAACAGUUUGCAGCAGCCUGAAGGGCUUGACAAAGCCAAAACCAUGUCCCUGAUUCUCCAUGCAGCAGACAUCAGUCACCCAGCCAAAUCCUGGCAGCUGCACCACCGAUGGACCAUGGCCCUGAUGGAGGAGUUCUUCCUACAGGGAGAUAAAGAAGCUGAAUUAGGGCUUCCAUUUUCCCCACUUUGUGAUCGGAAGUCAACGAUGGUGGCCCAGUCCCAAAUAGGUUUCAUUGAUUUCAUAGUAGAGCCAACAUUUUCUCUUCUGACAGACUCAACAGAGAAAAUUAUUAUUCCUCUUAUAGAGGAAGACUCAAAAACCAAAACUCCUUCCUAUGGAGCAAGCAGACGAUCAAAUAUGAAAGGCACCGUGAAUGAUGGAACCUAUUCCCCAGACUACUCCCUUGCAAGCGUGGACCUGAAGAGCUUCAAAAACAACCUGGUGGACAUCAUCCAGCAGAACAAAGAGAGGUGGAAAGAGUUAGCUGCUCAAGGUGAGCCUGAUCUUCAUAAGAACUCAGAAGAUCUAGUAAGUGCCGAAGAAAAACAUGCUGAGACACCUUCAUAGGUUUGAAACAACUUAAAGGCUUCUGUCAUUUUAAACAUGAGAGGAUAAUGAGAACAGCACUAAAAUAUCCUAAAUCCUCAAUUUUCCACAAACCUAUAUUCUCCUCUUUCAACACACACUGGGAAACAGGCCAUUUUAUGGACUCAUAUAAGAGAAGAACAUAAAUUCUGAACUAGUAAUUCUAACCAAAUAAAUACACUCAAAGUUGCUACCAGAGAUUUUGGCCAGUGCUUCUGCCAUUGCUCUUCCUCCACAAUUUGGCCUUCUUCAAUCAAGCCAGAGAAAUUUUUAAGACAAAAGUUGGACAGUUUUAAUUUUUCAUCAGUUUGAACCCAGUUAUUGCAUAGGCAACUAUGCAAUAUGUGUGCAGAAGAUGAGGCAUUUUAAAAUUUUACUUUCUUGCUUUGUUUUAUACAGAGUGGUGUAACUACAGUAAAUUUUUCAAGAUGUUAAGUAAAAAGAAAGCAAAAACAAAAUUAUAGAAAAAUAUUUUUUGCAGCUCUGAGGCUAUUUAGAUUGUCCUUGUUAUUUUAAAUACAUGGGAACAAAGUGAGAGCCGGGGCUGCUCAGAAGCUGUGGUUGAAGUCCUAUGACAACAAUGGAGCAUCAGAGCCCUGGCUCUGUGACCUGAUGAACUCUUCAUUGUAACUCUCAAGCUGGGAAACCACAGUGAAACCUGCCCCUGAAAGCAGUGGACCAGCCUGCAUCCAUCCCUGUGAUUUCAAAGCACUAAUGCAUCACCUACAUGGGUGUCAUCACAAUGCAAGUCACACAUUACCUACGAUCCAAGAUGACAAGAACCUCCAGCCAUUGUUGGAGACAGACACUAGAACUGAGAAUGGAAUUUGCCUUCUGGGGUGUUGAUCCCAUCAGGAUGUAACAAAAUAUACCACAGGCCAAGGGAUAAGUGACAAGAAAUGUGUGUGCGUGCGUGUCUGUGUGUGUAUUCAAAAAUGUCUAUGAAAAUGGAAUCCCACACUUUUCUGUACAGAUAAUGUUAUUUGACGUGAGUUUAUAAUUUUACCACACAGAAACAAACUGCAACCCUUGGAGACUCUGCUUCCUUGUCAUGUUUUGCCUGAGCAUGUGCAGAGCCUUGCCUUUGCUCCAAACUGAAGAGCUACCUUUAUUUGUUAUUAGCUGACAAGAAAGGUCAAGCACAAGUAGGUGUUGUAACUUUUCACUGUACAAACUCUUCAAUGAUUGUGAGACUAAACAAAUUUGUCUUUGUGAAUGGUAGAAUUGGGUGGAAAAAAUCAAGGGUAGCCAUCAAUUAAAGAAUAAAGUGAAGGUGGGUUGUCCAUCCUAAUGAGUUUUCUGUUGCACAUGCUUCUUCCCUGGGUUCCACAAUGCUAAGCAAUAUUUUAGAAAUGGAUGCAAUCACAAGCUUUUAAGUCUAAGUAGUGGGAUUUUAUAACUCACAACUUAGAUCUCUUUUCAUGUGUAAGCCAUAUUCUAUAUGCAUAUUAGGUAUGCAUUU